AUGCCCAAGGUGCAUAAGAGCGGAAUACUGAAACGGAUCAAACGACGGUGGCGUCCUCUGCCCUUCAACAUCAUCGAGAAUGACACUCCUCCUUUCCCAAAAGAUGUCGAGAUAGUUGCCUCAGACUCUUCGGCUCAGCACUCAGUAUACUACACAAUAUCUGGGCCUGGAGUGACAGAGGAACCUAUUGGACUGUUUUCCUUGGAUAAAUUCUCCGGCUUGCUGAAGGUCCAUAGGGCUGUGGACCGAGAGGUGUAUCCACAGAUCAAGUUCCAGGCCAGGGUGUUUGACAUAAGGACCAACGUGGAGACAGAUCUGCCCCUUCCCAUCAUUGUCAAUGUCAAAGACGUCAACGACAACAAACCCACUUUUGUCGGUGGUCUCCGUUACUCUGUCCCAGAGCAAUGUAAAGCAGAGACUGUGGUGGGUACUGUGAAUGCCACUGACAGAGAUGACCCAGAGACAGACCACACCAAGAUCAGAUACAGCCUCCUGUCCGGCCAGCAGUACUUCAGUAUCCACGCACAGACUGGAGUUCUCUCCACCAGAGCCGUCUGCCUGGACCGAGAGGUGAAAAGCACAUAUUUUGCUGUCGUGGAAAUCAGAGACAUGAAUGGAGCUCAUAAUGGUCUAUCCAACACUGGCACUGCCACUGUUGUGUUAGCUGACAUCAAUGACCAUCCUCCUACAUUCACAGAAACAUCAUAUACUGUAAAAGUGUCAGAAAACCAAGGUGGAACUCUGCUGCUCAGAAUCCCAGUUGAGGAUAAGGAUGUGAAAAACACCCCAAACUGGAAUGCCGUCUACAUCAUCAACAAAGGGAAUGAAGAUGGGUAUUUCAGGACUGAAACAGACCCCAAGACAAAUGAUUGUCUCCUUUAUCUUGUCAAGCCUCUGGACUAUGAGAAGAUCAAAGACUUAAAGCUGGAGAUUCAGGCCAGGAAUGAGGCUGAGCUUAAGGGCACCUCAGCCUCCUGGGUGUCUGUUCCCAUCACUGUGGAGGUGACAGACGUGGACGAGGGUCCGGAGUUCAACCCAGAGAUCCUUUACCUCAGUGUAAUGGAAAACACCCCAAAUGGCACCAUCAUUGGCAAAUACACGGCUCUGGACCCUGAAACCAAAACCAGCAAUGGCAUCAAGUACUAUGAGGUCAAAGACCCUGGGUCCUGGGUCAGCAUUGAUGAAAACACUGGGGAAAUAAGAGUCACCAACACUAUUGACCGGGAGUCGCCUCUCCUGGUGGACGGCCUCUACAAUGUCACAGUUAAAGCAGUGGAUGCCAGCUCAAAAAGUAGCACGGGAACUAUUGUCAUUCGCGUGGAUGAUGAAAACGAUAACAGCCCUGUCAUUUCCAGUAAAGAGCUGAUUGUGUGUGAGGGAAAUAAUGAGCCUGGCUCAGCCCUCAUCAUAGCCACUGACAAAGACCGCAUGCCCUUCUCUGCCCCCUUCUCCUUCACACUGCACGAACCAAAUGAUGGCAAAUGGACUCUAAGCAAACUUAAUGACACAGCAGCCACGUUAAACCCGAAUGAAGCGGUGCCUUACGGUCUGUAUAAAGUCACUGUGUUAGUGCGAGACCUUCAGGGCCAUGGUGACACCCAGACACUGUCAGUCCAAGUGUCUAAAUGCCGAAAUGGAGAGCGUGUUCCCCAGGACACCUCUAUCGAACUGGGAGUGUGGGGAAUUCUUGCCUUACUGUUUGGUUUGGCUCUGCUUCUGCGUGAGUUUCUUCUAGCUGCAUUAGUGUGCAAGACCAAGCAGGACAAGUUGCAGUUGGAGGACAGUGGAGAGAGUGGGGGAAUGCUGCUGAAGAGUAACACUGAGGGCCCAGGAGAGGGUGUGAACCUUAAGUCUCCCUCCUUUGUGAUUGACCAUGAUUCCCUGAAAGGAUCCAUAGCGAGUGUUGGGAAGACGGCAGCCAUGGAUCAGAAGAUGGUGAGCGGGGCAUGGUACGGAGCUCAGCAGCCUUUUGUGGAGCACACUAAGAAUGUCCUGAUGACAGAAAUGAAAGACAUGCAGCCUGCAGGAACCAUCAGCAUGGACAAUUACAACAGGACCGCCCUGACCAAUCACACCUGGAGAACCAACGGACUGUUCCUGGAUCAGAAACUGGGCUAUAUGAAUUUGGAGGAGGAUGGACGCUUUGCAGACGACAUCAUUCAUUCCUAUGGUUAUGAGGGUCGGGGGUCACCGACGGGAUCAGUGGGUUGCUGUAGUGACAUGGAUCAGCCGGACAACACAGAGUUCCUCAAUGGACUCGGGACAAAGUUCAGACCCCUGGCAGACAUCUCCAUCAAGAAAUGA